CAGAAGAGAAGAAGGUCGAGAGGUUGGAGUGGAGGGAGAGAGAGGGGUUGAUUUGAUCGGUGGAGAGAUCGAGAGAUGGCGGGGGGACGAGAGAUCGAGGAUGAGACGAGGAACCAGAUGAUGCAGAACCUCUUCGGGGACCAGUCGGAGGAGGAGGAGGAAGAUGAGGAGGAGGAGGAGGUUGAUUCCGAGCAUGAUGCUGCUGUACAGCAACCUGCCUUUCAUUCGGAUGAAGGGGAGGGGGAGGCUGAGUUUGAGGGCGACGGUGAAACUGAGGGGCAAGGAGAAAUUGAAGUGGAAAGUGAGCCUGAAGUUCAUGAUGUAGAUCCUGAACAAGCAGACAGUGAGGGGGAAAGAGCUCAGAGUUCUCCAGAGAGAGGAAUCAGUGAGCAAAAGGUUGAGAGUGGAGAAAAAGAUGCUGAAAGUGAAGAGGAAGGUUAUGGGCAAAGGGUGGUGACAAGUAGGAGAAGGGAAGUAAUUGCUAGUGAAAGUGAGGGAUCUGAUGAAAACCAAUAUGCUGAUAACGACCAUGAAGAUGAGGAGGUUGAUCAAACAAGAACACAAAGCAGAUCACCAAUGGAGCAAGAUGAUAAUGAAGUUGUCCGUGAUGUCUUUGGAGAUUCUGAUGAGGAGGAACCUGAUGAGUAUCCUACUCACAAUGAAUUGGAACAAGAUUCUCAUAGAUCCCCUAUGGAGGAGGAAGGUGGUUAUGAGAAGGUGAUGAGACCCGAAGAUGUUGUGCCUGAUGAAGAUGCCCCAUACGAAUCUGAGGAAGAAGAGAACCUUGAACAGAAACCAAAAGAAAAGCCAGUUGGCCCACCUCUUGAAAUAGAGGUCCCACUAUGUCGACCUCCUGGUCCACCUGACAGGAUGAACAUGAUCAAAGUGUCUAACAUCAUGGGCAUAGAGCCAAAGCCAUUUGAUCCAAAGACAUAUGUGGAAGAGGAUGUAUUUGUCACAGAUGAAUCCGGAACAAAGAAACGUAUACGUCUAGAGGACAAUAUUGUACGCUGGAGACGUACUAGGAACUCUGAUGGCACAACUGCUUAUGAAAGCAAUGCUCGUUUUGUGGAGUGGGAAGAUGGAAGUUUACAGUUGCUAAUUGGGAAUGAAGUUCUCAACAUAUCUGUCCAUGAAGCACAUCAUGAUCAUACCCAUCUUUUUCUUAGACAUGGAAAGGGCAUUUUGCAAUCACAAGGGAGGCUUUUAAGGAAGAUGAGGUUUAUGCCAUCUUCCUUAUCAUCAAAGUCUCAUCGCCUAUUAACUGCACUUGUUGAUUCAAGGCAUAAAAAGGUUUACAAGGUGAAAAAUUGUAUAACAGAUAUUGAUCCAGAGAAGGAGAAGGAAGAAAAGGAGAAGGCUGAAGGCCAAACUAUUAGGGCCAAUGAGCUUCUUCAUCGGAAACGAGAAAAAGUAAACCGCAAGUAUGUACCACCUAAUGAUAAGGGACGGCAACUUUCUCCAGGGCUUUUGGAGGAAGCAUCAGAAGAGGAUGAUGAACAUGAGGACUACUAUAGUUCUCGAAGAAGUGCAGCUCGAAAUCGCUUUGAAGAAGAUAUGGAAGUAGAGGCUCAGGCUGAAAAACGCAUAAUCAAUGCAAAGAAGGCAUACAAGAACAUUCACCGGAAGCCAUCCAUGCCUGCAGCUCGUCCAUCUAGACGCCCAGUGGAAGAAUACUCUGAAAGUGAGCGAGAGGAAUCGGAGUAUGAAAGUGAAGGUGAGGACAUCGAGCAUUCACCUUCUCGUAGACGCGGGGAGCCAGAUCUGGAGGAUGAGUAUGAUGAGGACCAAGAGGCAGAAGAUGAUGCUGGGGAUGGUAAUACAGGAUCUGAAGAAGAGGAUGAGGGACCAAAGCACAAGGCUAAGGAUACAGGACGAAGCAGCCUUAAGCGCAAAGAGAUCGAUUCGGAUGGGGACUCUCCUGAUAGGAGGCCUCCUGCUCAUCGCAGAAAGGCCAUGGUCUAUGACACUGAUGAGGAUUGAAUCUGAUGACAUUGGAUCAACUUCAGAUUUAAAUGCUGCAGCUAUUGUUUAUGUAGCAGAAACACUACCUUUCGCAUCUUCGAUGACAUAGAUGCUUAUUUGUAUUACUUAAGGAAGCUUUUGGAUCUUCAAUCCUUCUGGUGAGAGCAUAAUAACACUACGAAGGUUGCUCAUUUAUAUAAGUAAGAUGAUCCGCGAAGUUUCUUGAAAACAACCGGUUUGAUAUGAAACAGCAUGCGAAACUUUAUAUCGGUUUCAUUGGCAGGCAAAGAUCUAGGGUUUAUAUAUUUCUGAAUUAGCUAAAAAGAAAAUUUUGUAUCGAACAAACCUGUCACAUCUCAGUUCUGUAACAGGAAGAGGAUUUGGGGAUUUCAAGAUUCUCUAAAAUGGUUCUUUAUUUAUUCGUAUGGAAUUUUAAUCGGAUUUCUACACCAUUUAUUUUAAGGUGAAAAUGUAAAAGAAGUUGUUUGCUUAUA